AUGUUGGAAGAUCCGAUUUCGGGACACUUUCUUGAGGAAGACGUCGUGACACCCAACUAUCUGUGCGCCACGUGCAUCGGGUUCACACACGCCUUCCGCAAUUACCUGGAAAAAUCAGUCAACCAGAUAACCUCUACCAACGUCCCAUCCGGAAAAGAAGAACAAAAAGAUUUAGAGGACUCAAAAGACUCGUCUGCAGACUUGGCAUCAGUAUCUCAAAUCUUCCCUUUCCAUAGCAAUCUUCGGAGUUUGAACACAUCGUUCAAGAACAAAUGCCACCUCUGCACUCUCUUUUGGCUCACGAUUCUUUCUCCUCCGCUUCUCGCCGAGUCCGCCGAAAGCCUCGAGUUGGAUCUGAUACCAAAUGUAAUGGUAGAAUUUCCUCUGUAUGCUGCCUCCUGGAAUCGGUCUUCGUGGCGACAGCAACGGACAAGCCUCGAAAUUCAACUAUCCCUCGUGAAGGCCAAUUCAGGUCACAUGUUGUCUACGGGUCCACUAACACUCGACCUCACUUUUGCAAAGAACCCAAUCUCGGACGUCCCGAUCGAUGCUUCAUUUUCGGAAGCAAAGACAGAUGUCAAAACAAGCGAUACGAUCAGCGUCUGGACAGGUUCUCAACCAAGCCUUGAACUCGCCGAAUCGUGGAUCAACGAUUGCGUCACAAACCACGAAGCAUGCAGAAAAUCCUCGCACAAAAUUCACAGUAGAGAGUUUCUACCAACCCGUUUUGUAGAUGUGAGUUCUGGGACUGAAUCUCUGCGCUUGUGCCGCGCACCUCAAAAGAGGUCUUACACACAAACUUUUGUCGGCGAACAACAUAGUGACCGGCAGAGGCGAGAGGUUUUGGAAUAUGUCACCCUGAGUCACGCCUGGGGCGGAGCCGACUUCGUCAAACUGACGACACAGAACUAUGCCCGCUUGUUCGACAGAUUCUCGGUUCACGAGUUGCCAAGGACAUGGCAAGAUGCCAUAAGACUCACCCAGUCACUUGGUUAUCGCUACAUAUGGAUCGACGCCUUGUGUAUCAUCCAAGACUCUUUGUACGACUGGGAGAUCGAGGCUGCUUCGAUGGGCCAAGUCUACGAGAAUUGCCACCUCAAUAUUGCCGCCUUGGCAGUCUCCAGGGUGCCCUGGGUGGUUGCGGAUAUCCAGGCGGACUUCACCUUUAUGCUGCAACUAUACGGCCACCGCAACAUCGACAAAAAUGGGAUACUCAACACUUGCUACGCCACUCGGGGGACCUGGACUACAAUGUUUCAACUCCCGGCUAUCUCCGGUCUAGCGAAGCUCAUUGCAACAGACAUAAGAUGCGCAUACUAUGCUGGCAUCUGGCAAAAGUGGGAGAUAGACGAUCUAUUGUGGUGCAUCAAGGAGCCUGUCACAUAUAAUUCGGAAACUGUCAACAGCGAUACCGAGGCAGAUGGCUGGAGUGAGCGCGGACGACAGGGAGAUCUGUAUAGGAUCCACAGUCACCAGGCGGGUCGGGAGACGGGAAACAAAUACUUCCCAGACAGGGUAGAGGACUCGCACGCAGCCACUCACAGAGCAUCUCUUGCUCAUCUGGAUCUAUCGGACUCGUAUGAGAACUUGCGUGUUGACUUUGGCCUGGUGCUAUCUGCAUCAGGCAAUGGGGUGCAGGGAAACACCCUUUAUAGGCGGCUGGGCAUGUACUACGACACCUUCAGCGAUGCUUCAUACGUUAAGACCCGGGGAGGCAUGUAUCAUCACGCUAGCGUCACGUUGAUCUGA